AUGUCCUCCACAAACAAAAAGUGCAAAACAAAAGUAAAAAUGAGGGACAGAAUCAGUGGUUUGCCAGACUCGCCGCUUCUUCAUAUUCUCUCUUUUCUUCCCACUAAAGAAGCAGUUGCCACAAGUCUCUUGUCCAAGAGGUGGAGAUCACUAUGGCAUUCCCUUCCCGCUCUUGACUUUAACCGUAGAAAAUUUAAGAGUCUUCCAUUUUUCCAUCAAUUCGUAGGCAAAGUGCUGAAAUUGGUAGAUUUGAAAUCUGUCAAAAAGUUUGUUCUUCGGUGUGAUCAUUAUAAACCCCGUGAGUAUUUUAGACCUCGGAUGAUUAGCAAGUGGAUUAAUGCUGUGGUUAGUAAUAAAGUGGAACACUUGGAGCUACGUUUGGACUCGCAGAAGGGUUUCUAUGAGUUGCCCUCUAUUGUUUUCACUGCGAAUUACAUUAAGGUUUUGAAAUGUAGGGGAGUAACUAGUGGUUUUUGGUUGAGCAAUGGAGUAACCCUGGGCACUCUUUCUCAUGUUAAUUUGCCUUCGCUUGAAGUAUUGUAUUUGGAGAAUGUUAAAUUUCCAGAUUUUAGAAGCUUGGGUAUGGUUCUUUCUGCAUGUGCUUUGCUUAAAGAAUUGGUACUAAAAAUUUCGGAUGUGGGCGAUUGCCCUACACUUGACAUUGGAGGGCUUAACCAUCUGGUCAGUGCAGAAGUUCCACAAACUCUGCUUCCAUUGAAGGUCAUUUCUAAUGUUACAUUUCUACGCUUAUUUCAACCUCAGGAUUCAGAGCAGGUUAAAUGGCCGUUUAAUGAAGAUAUCCCAAUGUUUCACAAUUUAAUCCACCUGGAAUGUCAUGCUGAAGAGUGGACUAGGAUGGUGAACUGCCUUGAAAACUUCCCUAAACUAGAAAAGCUUGUAAUUUACGAGCUUUGUUCUACGUCCCCUCCUCAACCAAUACUUGAUGUGCCUUCAUGUGUUUCAUUACAUCUGAAAGAAUUCACUCUUCUUAACUUCGAAGGUUCUGAAAGUGCGUUAGAAAUGGUAGAAUUUAUAAUAAAGCAUGCUGGAGUUUUGAGGACUGUCUCCAUUUGUCAUAGUUCAAGGGAGUAUAAGCUCCCGAGGUUCGAAAAAUUAGCAGAAAAUCUGAAAUCAGGCUCUGGGAAGCAUGAACAACCACUUGUAUUUAUGAUUUCUUGA